GUGUAGUCAAUUUACAUAAACAUUGACUCUACGUAGUCAGGAUUCGUUCACGGUCGAGAAUUCAUUAUAUAGUAAAUUAAUUAUGGUAUAAAUAAUUGAUUAUAGCGUAAUAAUUAAUUGUGGUGUGAAUAAAAGUGAAACAAUAAGUCAAGAAUAGGAUCUGAACGAUCGUAUGCAUAAAUGAUUGUAAACACGCGGAUGUGUGAUGAAAGAACAAACAGAUCGAUAAGCAGACAUCUACUAGAUUGUAUCGAGACACGAGGAAGUAAUUUUGAACACCUGUUGUAAAGAUAAAAACAUCACUUUGUGCAAGAAAUUCUACAUUGCUGUGAAGAUGGGAAAACAGGGAAAGAUAUAUGGGCGUCCAAGAGACGAACCAUUGCCGAACAUAUCUAUGGGACAACUGCUAUUGGAUAAAAUGCGCGAGCACGGUGAUCGCGUUUUUCUAAAAAAUGCAGACAACGGCAGUCGACUAACGUACAGUGAGUUACUUGAGAAAAGUGUGAAACUGGCAAAGUAUUUACAAACGCACGGGAUCAAGAGUAAAGACAGAAUUUGCAUCGUAAGUGAAAACCAAUUUAAUUGGUUAGUACCGGCUUACGCGUCGCUUUACAUUGGCGCUAUAUGUGUACCGUACAAUUCUGCGUACACGGAAUGGGAAUUUAAAAAUGUGUUAAACAUCUCGAAGCCGCGAAUAAUCUUUGUGUCUAAGCGUACUGAAAAGCUUUUCACAAAACUCCAGUCGAGCUUUUCGUGGCAAAUGGAAAUAAUCGAGCUGGAUGAUGAGUCUCUCACGCCCUCCGUACGUACAUUGACGAAUAUUUUGAAUAAUGAAAAAGUGGAUUUUCUGAAAUACAAUGCGGUGGAUAUCGGUGACAACAGUAAACAUCCAGCAGUUAUUCUCAAUUCGAGUGGUACAACAGGACCACCAAAAGGGGUAACAUUGUCUCAUAGGAAUCUAAUAGCUUUUGUUAUCGAAUCAAGCAAGGGGGACUUCUUCGAUAUAACGAAGACUACCAAAUCUUUAUUGUUUCUGCCGUUCUACCAUGGUUACGCGUUCGGCUUGCUGUUGCUCUUCUUGAUUAACGGUGGUAACAUCAUCCUAAUGUCUAACUUCGAGUUUGAGCGAUUUCUGAAGUUGAUAGACGAAUACAAGCCUACCCAUUUGCCGCUCGUGCCGCCGAUCAUGAUUCUCCUGGUGAAGCACCCGCUGGUGGAGAGGUACGACUUUCGCAGCGUGAGAGAAAUCAUCUGCGGAGCAGCACCGCUUGCGAAGGAAAUUGUUAACGCGGUAAAAUCCCGCCUUGGAGUGAAAAACGUACGUAAUGCCUACGGCAUGACGGAGAUAACGAUAGUGAGCCACAUAAGCGAUCGCCAAGAGGACGAUAUCAUUAAUUUGGGUUGUCUUUUACCUGGAUUAUACAAUAAAAUAGUAGAUAUCGAGACACAAGAGACUUUGGGUGUGGAUCAGAUCGGCGAGAUCUGCUUCAAGGGUGAGCAAGUGAUGCUGGGAUAUUGGAACAAUCCCGAAGCCACCAAGCAGACCAUCGACAAGGACGGAUGGCUACACUCGGGCGACCUUGGCUAUUACGAUCAACGCGGUGCGUUACGCGUCGUCGACAGGUUGAAGGAACUGAUCAAAUACAAAGGCUUCCAGGUCUCGCCGUCGGAGGUAGAGACGGUCCUACUGUCGCAUCCCGCGGUGAAGGAGGCUGCAGUCUGUGGCAUACCCGAUCUGCGCAGCGGGGAGCUGCCUAUGGCUGUGAUAGUGAAACAGCCUGGCGCUACGGUCACCGCCAAGGACAUUAUGGAAUUUGUCAAACAAAAAUUGUCGCCGCAAAAAUGGCUGCGCGGCGGGGUGCAAUUUGUCGACGCUAUACCUAAGAAUCCCACUGGCAAAAUUCUACGUCGUGAAGUUCGAUCGAUGAUUGAAGCGAUGGUUUCUAAGCUAUGAUCAUGGACUCAUGGUUAUUAAGAAAAAUCUCCUUCGUUAUAAGUUAUAAGUUAAUAGAUAAUAAGUGAGAAUAACACAUGAGGGUCAUUCAAUAAGUAAGGUUGUGAUAUAAAAAAUAAAUAAAUCAAAAUCAAAAAUAAAAAUAAAGAAGGGUUGAUAGGAGUUCAAGUACAGUAAUUUUAGUGCUAUGAAAACCUUAUAAGUUAAUAGAUAAUAAGUGAGGAUAACACAUGAGGGUCAUUCAAUAAGUAAGAUUGUGAUGUAAAAAAUAAAUAAAUCAAAAUCAAAAAUAAAAAUAAAGAAGGGUUGAUAGGA